CCCCCCCCCCCCCACAUCGGCGCAUCCCCCGUCCCCCCCGCUCCGCAAGCGAGCCCGAGGCGAGGCGAGGUGGGGAUACGGGCCGGCCCUGUCGCCCCCACUUCCACCUCCACCUCCACCUCCACUCCCCCCAAACCGCCGCCGCCGCCUCCUCCUUAUCACCCCGCCGCACACGCCCCGGCUCCUCCCUCUCCCUCUAGCUGGCACGAAUCGUCCAUCCAGCCUCACAAAUCGAGCUUCCCUCCCGACAGCGUGCUGGGUCGUUUCAAUGGCGUCUCGGGCGCGCCUGCCGGGCUCGCCGGCCUCGAUCGCCGUCCUCAUCCUCUCCUUCUUCCAAGGGUCGGUGUGCGGCAUCACGUUCACCUUCACCAACCGCUGCGGCGACACGGUGUGGCCGGGCCUGCUGUCGGGCUCGGGGACGCCGCCGCUGGAGACGACCGGGUUCGCGCUGUCUCCAGGGCAGUCGCGGUCGCUGUACGCGCCGCAGGGGUGGUCGGGCCGCUUCUGGGGCCGGUCCGGGUGCGCCUUCGACGGCUCCGGGAAGGGCUCGUGCGCCACGGGCGACUGCGGGUCCGGCGAGGUCGAGUGCCGGGGCGCCGGGGCGUCGCCGCCCGCCACGCUCGCCGAGUUCACGCUCGACGGCGCGGGGGGCAAGGACUUCUACGACGUCAGCCUCGUCGAUGGGUACAACCUGCCCAUGCUCGUGCAGGCCGCCGCGCCCGACUGCCCCGACACGGGGUGCCUCGUCGACCUCAACGAGCGCUGCCCGGAUGAGCUCCGCGCCGACGACGGCCGCGCCUGUCGUAGCGCGUGCGAGGCGUUCGGAAGCCCCGAGUACUGCUGCAACGGCGCCUAUGGCAACCCCAACACCUGCCACCCGUCGCAGUACUCGCAGCUCUUCAAGUCGGCGUGCCCCAAAUCCUACAGCUACGCCUACGACGACGCCACAUCCACCUUCACCUGCAACCACACCGAUUACACCAUCACCUUCUGCCCCAAAUCAACUCCGACCAGCGACAAAUCCAAACAUUCGUCGCGGAGGCCAAGCCACGAGCAACUGGAAGAUUCAGUGUGGCUUGCAUCCUUGAAGGCAAGUGAUGCCAGUGCUCAGACAAUAACGUCAUGGUGGUCGGCGUCCAUUGUGCUGCGGUCUGCCUUGGCAAUCGCAGUGACCUUGCUUGUUGCACAACUUGCACCGGGUCAUCCUAUGGUCAGCUUGCUAUGAUUCGGCAAGUUGCACGGUUCUUGAUCCAUAGGUUCAGACCGGAAGAGGAUUAGAGCAGUAGUAGUGAUCAGCAAUGGGUUGAGAAUAUUCUGUAGGCUUUUUGUUUGUGGAUAGGCGCUAGAAAAGGAAUGAUGUGUUACAAGUUGGCAAUCGGAAUUCCAUGAAUGCAUUGCAUAAGCUCGUUCAUUGCCUUUCACAAACAUUGCUCUUUGCGUUA